AUGAUCGAGAUAGUAGUGACGCCUCCAGAGGAGUCUGGACUGGAGCCCAUACAGAUCUUCCAGCCAGGAGAUAUAGCAGGGCUGCCAAACGACAAGAUAAACGAUUUGCAAAUAUCAAAGUUGAAUGCUACAUUACAGGUCUUCUUCAAUCUACCCUAUCUUACUUGCGAGCUGCCAGUCAACUCGCACAUUCCAGACAUUCAUCAAUUUGCGACAAACGCUCGAAUAUAUCAUACAAGCCCAAAGGAGGCAUUCAAGGACUUGAAUUAUGAUUGUAUUUUACGUCAUAUGGACGAGACGGCACCUUAUGAGCAAGUGAUAUCCACUCUCCUCGACACGAUCAUUGCUCAAACACGAUUUGGAGACAGAUUCUUUAUAGAAUGUCCAAAUCUUGCAAAAUCCAAGAGGACAAGAAAGAAGGACUCGGCUGUCGAUAUAACAGACCCGUCAUCCUCUGACGAAUCGUCUGAUGACGAGAUAGACAUACCACCAUCCGUUCUCGAAUCUGGUCUUGGACGUAGACUGACUCGCCGAAAGUCAUAUGCUCGAAUGCGAUCUGGAAUGCCCGCUAUAGUGUACCCAACAUAUCUAACCCUCGACGUAUCGUGCACUCCGAAUGGAUCAACAGCCAAUAUGUUGACAUUGAUCAAGAAACGAUUGAAUCAUCCCACGACAUUCUUCUUCUUUGGUGGUAUAGACUCGGCAAAAGACUCGCCUCAACGUGGAGGAACAGAUGUCGUAACAGCUGAAAAGAUCGAAUGGUCUCACUUGCCGCAUUAUCUCUCACUCGUAAUCCAGAGAUCGUCUGAUAGUGGCUCGUCAACAUGUACUGUCGAUAUGCCAAUGGAUUUGGACAUGUUGUUUGCGUUGAAGGAUCAGCGGAAUGCUAUGGGAGAGACUCUGUAUAAGUUACAUGGAUAUACGACGUAUGCAGACUCGGGCAAAAUGGUUGCCAUCACACGGUGCAGAGAAUCAAAGACGUGGUACAGGUGCCUGGAUGAUGAAGUGACUGAAACCGAUCCGUUGAUGGGGUUGGGAUCUGUAAGGAGUCGUGGUGUUGUGUUUGCAAUGUAUAGGUUGCAAGAACGGCUCAAAAUGUAG